CAGAUUACGCUGUGCAAAUUUUCCAUGAUGCUCUGAAGACUGGUAAUUAUGACUGUUACUUGAAACCUGAUACAAUGUUACCCAUGAUGUACAUUGAUGACUGCUUGCGUUCUUUGACUGAGAUGAUGGAAACUGAUGAAGCAAAUUUGAAACAACGGACGUACAAUGUUGCAGCAAUGAGUUUCACCCCUCAUCAACUGGCCAACAUGGUCAGAAAAUUCGUUCCACAAUUGAGGAUUACUUAUAAUCCGGAUUCUCGUCAGCAGAUUGCUGAUGGUUGGCCAAAAAUGUUUGACGACUCAAAUGCACGUCGAGACUGGGGCUGGAGUCAUGACUAUGACCUGGAGAAAAUGUGUUCCACAGUGAUCGAUGGCAUUCGAAGACUGCAACAAGAAUCCACUUCCGCACUUCCUAUUGACUACGACGUGGAAGUUAAACAAGCUUUGGAUCUGCACAGAUCCUCUGGAGAACCCGGAGAACAGAAGGAAAUCAUUCAACAGGCUGGACAAAGUUAGAAUAUCAAUUAGUUGAUCGGAUCAAUCUUUGAUUGACAAUCUCGGUUUUAUUUGGUUUUUGAAGAAGCUUUAAUUUUUUAGAAUAUUUUGAGCACUGGAGAGUUUUUCUAUCUGAGCUUUAGAAAGAAAUUUUAUGCACGCAUUAGAAUAAAUAGUUUCUAAUGCAUUUAUAUGAAAUAUAUAUCCAAACGAGAUUCAAGUCAUGAGAACUAAUGUCAAGCUAUGGUUUCCACACCUCGUCUAAUCAAGCAACAUAAUGCACAUUCAAUGACUAGAAUUCAGCAUAGCAUAAGCAGGAAUCUUGAUAUGUUUAGCAUAGUCUCUGAACUUCAGUGAAUUGAUACAAUCUUAAUUCAUUUAAAAGAAGAAAAAAACAUUUUGUGAGCUAGUUUUCCCUCUCAAAUAAACCAAUUUUCUGGACUAAAGUGAUUUUCUUGUGGGGAAUUUGGUAAAAUACAAUCAGCAUUUCGUACA